GAGCGCCCUCCCUGCCUCCCCGCAGAGCAAGGGGAACUCCGAGGGCAGGAGGCGGGAGAGCGACCGGCGGAGCCGCCGGCGGGAGAGGCGGGUCAGGGAUGCGGAGCCGCCGCCACCUGCCCCCGGCGCAGCCCGGCCGCCUUUGUGCUUCCUGCCGCGGCUCCGCGGGGCGGGAGGGCCGGGCCGGGCGUAGCGGCUCCGCCGCGGCCUUGGUUGCCACGUCAGUGCCGCCGCCCUGCGCCGGGAUGCCGGCGGUGCCCGCGCCGGCCCGGCAGGGGACAUGGGCAGCGAGCUGCGAGGGGAGGACACGGCAGGAACUGCGGGGCUGCGGCCGCCCGGCGGUGUAUGCAGAAUAUUUUUGUGGAAACAACUAACUAGAAAUCUUCACAAAGGAAUAUAUUUGGCAAUAAUGAAUCAAAUGGACAGAAAUCAACAGGAAGUCCCAUCAUACAUUCAGGAUGAACCACCAGAAGGGUCGCUCAAAGACCACCCACAGCAGCAGGCUGGCAUGCUUUCUCGAGUGACUGGGGGCCUCUUCAGUGUCACAAAGGGAGCUGUUGGUGCCACCAUUGGGGGUGUUGCUUGGAUUGGAGGGAAGAGCUUGGAAAUUACCAAAACAGCGGUCACAUCUGUGCCUUCCAUGGGAGUGGGUUUAGUCAAAGGAAGUGUUUCUGCUGUAGCUGGAGGUGUUACAGCUGUAGGAUCUGCUGUUGCAAGUAAAGUGCCUUUAACAGGAAAGAAAAAGGACAAGUCUGACUAAAACCAAAACUGAGACAUACUCGAUUCUCCAGUGGCAUUAAAAUCUGCUAAGAUUGGGACCAUGAGAAGCCAUGUGUCUUAGACACUUUUAUCUUCUAAUGAGUUGUGCAAGUAACUCAAUUUCAUCUGAAAAGGACAGAAGAAGCUUGGCUAGCACAGUGUAUGAGGAUUUAUUAGAGCCUAGAUUGAAGCUUUGUGUCUGGUGAAAUGUUACACUUGAUAACCAUAGAAGUGAGUGUAUCUGAAGGAGUAAUACAUAUUUGAAUAGUCAUUUACUGUAUGUCUUCUGCAGUUUUGGACUAAAAUGUGAAUGUAGAAACUCGGUAGUCUCUGUAAUGCCAUCGAUACAACGAGAUGCCAAUUACUGUUCUCAGUGGUUUCCACAUCCUCCUGCUAAGGAUCCUUCAGCUGUGUAAAAGCACUCUUGGACAUACUUGGUUCUGAACCUGUAUUUGCAGGCAGCCUGUAAAUUAUUCCUGACUGCAUUCUGCUGGUGAAGACUGGAGCAAAGAGACCGGAGGUGUGCAGAAAUUGGAAAUGAGAAUGGGAGAUAGAAGUGAAAAAGUUUAACAACAUGGUAGAAAGGAUCAUAGAGAGUAAACUAACUUCAUGCCUUGUUAGAAGAAAAUCUCUUUGUACUAGGUGAAGCUGUGUAAAGAACUGUCUUGUUGUUUCAGUGCAGUUUACAGAAUGAGCUUUAGGCUCUUUAUAAAUCCUGAUAUCUGAAACUUUGUCAAUUUUUACUGAAAACACGAUUGCUUCAUCUCAGGUGUAUUUAAUAAUACGCAUCUAUCUCCUGCAAGUGAGAACUUGCUUCUAAUAAACUUCUUGUAGACACUAGAAAAAAUGACAGCCUGUGAAAACUGCACUGAUCUUUGUGGUCAUGCAGCACAGCUGUCUAACUUGCUAGGAAUUCUUGUGUAGCUGGAAACCACUGAAGAACUAGCAAAGCUGUUCUCUCAACUCUGUGAUGCACCAGGUUAGCUUUUUGCUCUGUUUAAGCAAAUGCAAGGAAAUUUUCACUACAUUUCUCAUACUUUUCACUUUGAUUUUUGAGUAAAAUGCAAUACUUUUAUUUAAAAAAACCAAAAACAGUAGAUGAGGCCUUAAAAAACAAAAACAUAAUUCAAGUAAUUUGUAUACUGACAGAUUCCAAAUGUUGACACCUUAGAUGGGAACACCUUUACAUCCUCUGCAGUGUGAGAGGCAAAAUGCACUUGUAAUGGCACAGCGUGAGGUUGCCUUAAAAUAUAAACCAUUUCUGAUCUUU